AUGCGUGUACUGCCACAAAUUCUCUUCUUCGCGGCGGCGGCGUCAGCUGCCGUGCCCUACCAGCAGUACAUCCUCGCCCCUCCCUCGCGGACUCUCAGACCCAUCGCUGUCCGUCUCGAGAACGGGACGCUAUCCACCGGAGCUGCUCUGCUGGAUAACCAGACGUCUCCCGGGCAAAAUCUCACCCUCCCCACUUUCAACUCCACAGUGACAUACGACUUUGGCAAGAACAUCGCGGGCUGGGUCAACUUCAACACGACCUCAAGCGACGGAGCUAUCGGCUUUACGUUCACCGAAAGCUCCUUGUGGAUUUCCUCGGAAGCAUGCGACGCCUCGGGGGGCUCGGAACUGGACGCGCCUCUGGUGUUCAACAUAACAAGCGCAGGCCACUAUGCAGCGCCCACUGAGAAGGAGCGUGGCGCGUUCCGCUAUCUCACGGUCGUCAACCUCGGUUCGGACCAGCUCUCUAUAGACGACCUUUGGGUGCAUUUUACGGCGAUGCCUCAUUGGGAAGACGAUGCCUUGGGAAACUAUACGGGUUGGUUCCACUCUAAUGACGAGAAGCUGAACCGGUGCCUGGUCACAAUCGAUCCGACGCGUGGCAACGCUGUCAUAUACCCCGCCAGCACCAGUAGCGGUUCGUCGGCCGACGGUUUCAACUGGUAUCUCAACACGACCAUCACGAAUGGGACGUCGACUGUCACCGACGGCGCGAAACGAGACAGACUGGUGUGGAGCGGCGACAUGUCGAUCGCGGUCCCCGGUAUCGCAGUCACGACGUUCGACCUCAUCUCAGUGCAAAACGCCCUUGACUCGCUCUACAGCCUCCAAAAUCCCGAUGGGAUGCUCCCGUAUGCGGGAAUCCCCUUCAACGACGCCGGAACGGUGUCCUUCACCUACCACCUGUACGCGCUCAUCGGCGUGGGGAACUUCUUCCACUACGGCGGGGACCGGUCGUACCUGGACGGGAAGUGGGCCCAGUGGAAGGCAGGCAUGGAAUGGGCCACGGCGCAGAUCGACGGCACGGGCCUCGCGAACGUCACCUCGUCCGCCGACUGGCUGCGGUUCGGCAUGGGCGGGCACAACAUCGAAGCGAACUCCAUCCUGUUCUACACCCUCAAUCUCGGCGUCGCCCUCGCGCAGAACCAAAACGACUCCGCAACGGCCGAUCUCUGGGCGCAGCUCGCGGCGGGGAUCCAGGCGGCCGCGAUCCCUCUGUUGUGGCAGCCAGAUGUGGGGCUGUUCAGGGACAACGAGACGACGACGCUCGCGCCACAGGACGGAAAUUCAUGGGCAGUGAAGUCAGGACUCGUCACGAACGCGUCGCAGGUGGUGCAGAUCUCGAACGCGCUGCAGGGGCGGUGGGGCCAGUAUGGGGCGCCUGCACCGGAGGCGGCGGACGCGGUGUCCCCUUUCAUCUCUGGGUUCGAGCUGGAGACGCACUUUGCGGCGAACCGGACGACGGCGGCGCUCACCCUGAUUCGAAAUAUGUGGGCGGACUUCAUGCUUGACGAUGCGCGGAUGACGAACAGCACGUUCAUCGAGGGGUACUCUACGAGCGGAGAGCUGCACUAUGCGCCUUACGGGGACGAGGAUGCUCGGAUCUCGCUAGCGCAUGGGUGGGGAACGGGGCCUACGAGCUCACUCAUGACGUAUGUCGGUGGCAUCCAGCUUGUGGGCGCGGCGGGAGCUACGUGGGCGAUCGUGCCUCAGGUGGGCGACUUGACGCACGUCGAUGCCGGGUUCUUGACCACUCUCGGUCGCUUCUCGUCGAAGUGGUUCACGGACGGAUCUGUCUUUCGGCUCGAGAUCAGCACGCCGAAGGGGACGACGGGCACUGUCGGUAUACCCUUCCCGGGCAACCGUACGACAGCUACCCUGAUCCGCGCAGAUCGACCAGGCGUACGCGUGACCGCGGACGACUUGGGGAGGUAUUGGAUAACGGACCUGGCUGGCGGAGAUCAUCAGUUCGUUGUGGUUGGGUGGUGAAAUCCGUAUCCAUUCUGAGUCGAUGAUGUCCAUGGAGUGGCUCAAAAUCCAAAUUCUAGCAUCACAAAG